UUAUUAUUGUUUUAUAUAAUACUUACGUUAAUUCAAAGUGAAAUAUUUAAGAAGAAGAAAAAUAAGUUGACAGUUGAUAUGUCAAACUUUUCACGAGUGUAAGUUGUUGUAACUUUAUUUAAACAAGUGGAUGGUACAUAUUUGAUGAUUAGACACAGUGGAACAUUGUAAAUUUUCUUAUUAAAAAAUAAUAAAACACACACACAUAGAGAGAAAUCGACCAAUGUUCUACGAUCGUGCCAAAUCGAGAUACUUCGUUUUCCGUACAAAUCGUUCGGGACGUCGACGAACUUCCGUAAAGAAGUAAAAUUUAUUACUGCGAGGGGACGAGAAGGAGGAGGUGGAGGAGGUGGAGAAGGAAAAGGAGGUGGAGUAACUACUACUAGAGGGGUAACGCGAAUAUUGAUUUUUCUACGCGACGGACGGUGCACGACCUACCAUUACCUCGUAUCAAGUGCAACCCCUAACAAAAAUAGGACGGAUCGAAGAACGAUGAACGAAUCGGAACGAGAAGGGACCGAAGUGGCGCGAUAAUAAUAAUAUGUGGACGACGAGGCCGCGUAGGAAACGUAAGCGCUGGGAUUUGCCGGCCAGUGGCAAAGAAUCGUCCGAGAAACAAGAACACCAACAGAAACAACAACAAAAAUCAACAUCACCGUCAUCAUCAUCAUCAUCAUCAUCAUCAUCAUCAUCAUCAUCAUCAUCAUCAUCACCAACGACACAACAACGAAGUGAUCGCCGACGGGACGGUUUCCGAAUCCUUUAUUCGGUGGUCCUGGCGGCCUGCAUGGCGACACAGGAAGCAAAAAGCGCCAGGUGCCCACCGCCGGAAACAAUACCGGGAUGUCCCUGUUACAAUUUCGAAGAUGGUCUCUUCCUAGAAUGUGCUGGUGCAACCGAAGAAUCACUCAAGAAUGCCUUGUCGAGUGUCAUUCAAGCUGCAGGGCCGGAAGGAGCGUUCGUUCAAUCGUUAAGCGUCUACGAACUGGAUCGGAAGGUGGAGGAACUACGUGCCCAAGCUUUUCCAGCUGGCUCACAAAUUAGACACUUGCAGAUUUCUCAUUCGGCGAUUCGUGAAAUAAGCGAGGAUGCUUUCGUAAGAUUGGAGAAGAGUUUGGAAUCGUUGGCACUGGUAUCUGGUAGAUUACCACGAGUACCACAAAAAGCGAUGUCCACGUUGAACCGUUUAAAGGUUCUCGAUCUUGAAGCUAAUCUCAUUCACGAGCUAUUGAGUUUCAGUUUUUACAAAUUGUCCUUGAUAAAACUGAAUUUAAAGGGAAAUCAAAUAAAUAGAAUUUCGGAGUACGCGUUUGCCGGGUUGGAAACUACAUUGAAAGAUCUUGAUAUGGCUGAGAAUAAAAUCAGAAUGUUUCCUAUGACAUCGCUUAGAAGGUUGGAACACUUAACGUCAUUGAAACUCGCUUGGAACGAGGUCGCACAGUUACCGGAAGAUGGAUACUCGCGAUUGGAAGCAUUAAAUUUUCUCGAUCUAAGUAGCAACAAUUUCAAGAACAUACCACUCAACUGUUUCCGUUGUUGUCCAUCAUUGAAGACUCUUUCGCUUUAUUAUAACUCAGUAGAAUCGGUCGACAAAGACGCCUUUAUAUCCUUGAUAGAUCUCGAGUCUAUCGAUCUUAGUCACAACAAGAUCGUAUUCUUAGAUGUCGCUACAUUUCGUGCCAAUCAAAAGCUCAGGUCAAUCGAUCUAAGUCAUAAUCACAUUCAUUAUAUACGUGGCGUAUUUUCAAGGUUGCCAGAAUUAAAAGAACUGUUCUUAGCAGAAAAUAAUAUAUUGGAGAUACCUGCUGAAACGUUUGCUGGUAGUACAAGUCUGACGGUAGUGUAUCUUCAACAGAACGCUAUCAGGAGGAUCGACGCAAGAGGAUUGGUAACCCUUGGACAGUUGGCCCAACUUCAUUUGAGCAGUAAUUACAUUGAAAAGGUACCGCGGGACUUUCUCGAACAUUGCGAGAAUCUAUCGACUCUAUCUUUGGACGGUAAUAACAUACGGGAAUUAGAGGUAGGAACGUUCGCCAAAGCAAAACAAUUGCGAGAACUUCGUUUGCAAGACAAUCAAAUUACGGAAGUAAAGAGAGGAGUAUUUGCUCCUUUACCGUCCCUAUUAGAGCUUCAUCUUCAAAACAAUGCGAUAACCGACAUGGAGACCGGUGCUUUACGAUCUUUACAUAGUCUACAACACGUUAAUCUACAAGGAAAUUUAUUAGCAGUUUUAGGAGACGUAUUUCAAGUAUCCAACGAAAUUGGACAAAAUGGAAACAUCGGUAGUUCUUUGGUAUCCAUUCAACUGGACAACAAUGGACUCGGCGUUCUACACAACGAUUCUUUAAGAGGACAAGCCUCUGUUAGAAUCAUGUGGUUGGGCCACAAUAGAUUGACACGCCUUCAGGCUCCCCUCUUCAGAGAUCUUCUUUUGGUCGAACGACUCUAUCUUACGAACAACUCGAUUUCAAGAAUAGAGGAUACCGCCUUUCAGCCAAUGCAAGCUUUGAAAUUCCUUGAACUUAGCAUGAAUCGAUUGAGUCACGUCACCGCGAAGACUUUCUCUGAAUUGCACGAACUCGAGGAACUCUAUUUGCAGGACAACGGUCUUCGACGAUUGGAUCCUCACGCGUUGACAGCUCUAAAACGAUUGCGAGUACUGGAUCUUGCUAACAACAAUCUCAACGUAUUGCACGAUAAGAUUUUCCAAGAAGGUUUACCUAUUAGAACUUUAAAUCUGAAAAAUUGUACGGUUAGUGUAAUCGAAGACGGUGCCUUCAGAGGAUUAAAUAAUCUUUACGAACUUAACCUCGAACACAAUCACCUCACUGCCAUGGCUCUUGACAGGUUGGACAUACCAGGAUUAAGAAUCCUCAGGAUAUCUUACAAUAAUUUUAGUCAAAUCAAUGGAAAUUCAUUGGACGGUUUACCUUCCCUUCAACACCUUGCCAUGGACUCUGCGCAAAUCCAUCGAAUACCGGCCGAAUUGUUUUUGAAAAAUAAAAACUUAGCCAAAUUGUUGUUAAGCAAUAAUCUGCUUAACGUUUUACCGUCAGUUCUCUUCCUCGAAUUGGAUUCAUUAAAGGAGGUCAAACUAGACGGGAAUAGAUUCAUAGAGAUUCCGUACGAAGUCUUGACUAACGCCAGUACCAUAGAGUUUCUCUCCCUAGCAAACAAUGAGAUAGACCACGUGGACAUGUCUCGUUUAAACGGAUUGACCAGUUUGCGGGAACUCGAUCUACGUAGUAAUUACAUCACGACCCUCUCUGGUUUCGCAGCAGUAAACUUAUCCCGUUUGAUAUCCGUAGAUCUUAGUCACAAUCAUUUGACCGCCCUUCCGGCUAACUUCUUCGCUCGAUCGAAUCUCUUACGGAAAGUUGAAUUGGCCGCGAACAAGUUCCGACAGAUACCGGCAGUCGCCCUAUCCGCACAGAACAUACCCAGUCUUGCCUGGCUCAACGUCACUGCCAAUCCUCUCGUCAGAAUACACGAGAUAAGUUCCGAGGCAAGAUAUCCUACCCUCCAAGAGAUCCACAUUUCUGGGACAAAUCUCACGAUAGUUACCAGCCAAGAUUUCGAAGCCUUUCCAGCCCUGAUGCAUCUCUUUAUGGGCAGUAACAUGAUCUCAAGAGUAUCGCCAAGCGCUUUUCGCAGUCUACCGAAUCUCCUCACUUUGGAUCUCAGUAUCAACGAGCUAGAACUUUUACCUCAGGAGAGAUUGAAGGGUUUGGAACAUCUGAGACUGCUCAAUCUAACGCACAACCGUUUGAAAGAGCUCGAAGAUUUCCCACCUGAUUUGAAAGCUCUUCAAAUACUCGACCUUUCUUAUAAUCAGAUCAGCAACAUAGGAAAAAGCACGUUUCAACAUCUAGAGAAUCUCGCGGAGCUACAUCUUUACGGUAACUGGAUAUCAUCUAUAUCACCGGAUGCGUUCAAACGUUUAAAGAAAUUAAGAAUAUUGGAUCUCAGCAGAAAUUUCUUAGCUAAUUUACCGUUAAACGCAUUUCGUCCAUUAGAAACCCAGAUACGAAGUUUAAGAGCUGAAGAAAAUCCUCUACUCUGCGACUGCGAAUCCCAGGAGCUUUGGGAAUGGUUACGGGACCAUCAAAAGCUGGUGGGAGGUGGCGUGAGCCGAAAUCGUGGUGGCGGCGGUGGUGGUGGUGGUAGUGGUGGUGGUGGUGGUGGUGGUAUGCGAAUGAACGACAUGGAAAGCGGAUUGCUAAAGUGCGAACAACCACCGGAAUUGCGUGGCCUGGUUUUCCUCGACCUCGAUCCGCAUGCUUUCUGCUCCGCACCAUUGAUCCUAAAACUCGCGAUCCAGGAUAUACAGCCGUUCUCAGUGUUGGUGUCCUGGCAAAGUAGAAAUCACUCUGGGCUACGAGGAUACCAGGUCGCUUAUCACGCUCUGGACAACGUCGACGAGGUACGCGGAAGAAUUUUAGAACCGAAUGCCCGUUCGAUAAAACUCUCCAAGAUGACGUCAAACACUCGCUACUUGAUCUGUAUCUUCGGUAUUGGCAACUGGCUGACGAAUCUCAACGAAGAGAUGCUCGUGAGCCAGUUGAAUAUAUCCAAGGACGAGAUGAUCGAAUCUACUCCGGUAACGCAGAUGGCGGACUCGCCUACAAGCCGUUGCACCGAAGUGAAAACUUUGGAAAUGCCGAGCGCUGUUAUAAGCAGCGAUGGUUCUUCGAUGGGAGACAUGGGUGGUGUCAGCAGUUUUCUCACGAGAAGACUCGGUCUCAUAGUUGGCUGCUGUAUGGGAUUCGUUGUCUUUCUCCUGCUCGUCUCGAUCUUGGGCUACCUCAAAGUUAAGAAACAACGAGAGGCAGUAAAAAGGGAUCAACAGCCGAUACCACCCGAGUAUAUAUCUUAUAGACACUUCAGCAUACAAAGUGGCGAGGCCGGCCAUGCAGCCAGGCAGGCCAGCCAAGAAGGCCAACAUCCGAGUUUCAUCAGUAACGUUGGCAACCCUACCUUGAAUGUAUGAGAUAAGUCGAGGAACUCCCGACUCGUGGAGGUUUCGAACGUUUGAAAUUAAUCACAUUACAACAUUUUCUUAAAACGUUCGAAACAUUCUCGACUCGUGGAAGUUUCGCGAAGUUAUCUCUGAUCAUUCAUCUUUCAAAUACAUUAUUAACAAAAACUGUGCGAGAUAAUAUCUCAGGGACUCUUGAGAAAGAUUAUAAAGCAAAGCAAACCAACAAAAUGAAAAAUCAAUGAAAACUCGGGCCUAUUAUCAUACAAACAUAAUCUCGAGAUAUCACAUACGUUAAAAUACAUUAUAUACUUACGAGCGUUCGAUAGAAAACGAUAAUGUUUUUUUUUUUUCCUAACAAUCGAUUAAUCGCAACGAAAAAUAAUCUUAUUCUGAUGAAUCAACCAAAUAAGAAAAGAAGUAACACUUAUCAUAGUAUGUUGUUUUCGAUUGCACACUCUCUCUCUUCUUUGUGUGUUCAACAACAACAACAACAACAAAAAUAUGUCGUGUCACAAAUUGGACAUUUUAUAUGUGAUUUUCUACGAGUCUCUUAAAUUCAUAUCGAAUUUUACAUAGAUAUAUAAGCGUGCCAACUCAGUGCAGAUAUUGUAAUAGUACACACGUAUACACACCCACAAUAUACACACCAGUUAUAUACUAUGUAAAUGAUAAUAAUAUUAAUAAUAAUAAUAAUUAUAAUUAAAAGAGAAUCGGGCAAAGUUAAGAUUCUAAAAAAAUAAUAAUAAUAAUAAAAAGGAAGAGAAUUAAUCGUUUCUAUUAGAACGCAUUCGUCGGUAAUUCACUAACUCUAUAAAGACCGACCGACCGACCCAUUAUACCAUAUUUCCAGACUCCAUUUGCUGGAGAACGAGCUGGAUGGAACUGCAAGGACCCAUUGAAUUUCUUAAUGACUCGGCAAAACCGCAGGUUUAAGACCAACGCGUUUACAGUCGCAUUCGACUCUGAUAUUACUAAACUACAUAUUAUUCUCUAACUCUGUAAAUCAUCUUCUGAAUGAAUGAACGAACGAUUCCGUCUUCGUCAUGCUAGUGUCGAAUGAUGAGACUUCAUUUUUUUUUUUUUUUUCUUUGAACGAAGCAAAAUUCGGGAAUCGUGUAAUACCGUUGUUAGAAUUUUAAAAACAAAAAAGAACGAGUACGUAAAUAAAUGUACGAAUUACAUUGAAAUAAAAAAUAU